CAUGUGAUGAGACUUUGCGAUAAAACUCGUUUUACCAAGACAAGGAGCGUCUUUCCCUGCUGACUGCUGAACGGCGACGACAUGCGUUUCCUCAUUGGUCUCCUGGUGAUUUCUCUGGCUGCUGUGGCAUAUGCCCAGAUACCAACUCCUUGCUAUUCGCCACGCUUAUUUGAGGCGAGGAUGAUCGAGGAUGACUUCAACAAGAACUUCACAAUGCGUGCCAAGUUGAGCUACGACGGGGAUAACCAGCGAAUCCGCAUCGUUGAGGAGGUCAACAUCAAAGACAAGAGAGAUUUCUACGAUACACUCUUUAUUGACAACAGAGAUUUCCAAGUAGAGUAUGCUCUUAAUCUCCGGACCAAGAAGUGUGAGAAGCGACCCCUCACCAGGAGAUUCCGCCCCGUCCAGAUUCCAAGUAACGCCACCUUCUACGGGGAACUUUACCUUGGGGAUUCGCUUUUGACCCAAUCCUGGGGUGGAAAGACACCACAAGGUGGCCUUUACCAUUUGCUGUGGACUGUCCAUGACUGUCUCCCAGUCACCGAGACCUACUACAGCACCAGGACUUCAUUCGUUCACACAACGUUUUUCGACGUCACCUUGGGCAUUAGUGAUCCCAACGUGUUCAUUCCACCACGGGAGUGUCUGUAGAUGGGAAUAAACGUCAUCAGUUCAAAGGCAGCUAAGUUGUGUGAGAACGUCUCGCCGUACUCUAGCACCGGGUAAACUAACAUUAAUCGUAUAUGAACUUCGCCUACGGUUAAAAACGACUGAGAAGCAAGGGAACGAUGCCAUCUCAAUCCACAGACUUACAAGAUGCUGUCAUCAUUGCAGCUAAAACAUUUAACUUUUGGUAAUCAUCCGCAUUUAAUAGUCCAUGUAUGAAUGUGCGCCAAGCCUCCGACUAUCGUCACAAUUUUUUAAGGGUUGACCGUAGGCACCGCCAUUUUGGCUAGAAAUCCUAAACAUGCUAAAGUACAAUUUAAUUAAACCUCCUUUAAAAUUAAAGUAAAUGCCCAUUUUAAAUAUUGAAGGCUAUUCUCUGGAAAACAAAGAAUAGACCCCCACCGUUGAAAUUGGGAUUCACUUCCUUUUGAAAGAGUUCUGAUAAUUGCUUUAAGAUUUCAAGUUCUAGCCAAAACGCAUAAUGAACUUCCAGCGGUAUUCCCUCCGUCGCCUCCGCCCAUACUGAACGCGCGUUGCCUGUAAAGCUUAGCAAUGCCAAUACAUUGAGGGUCAAGAGGGCCAAAAUGAUGGUGCUUAUGGUCAACUCUCAGUAUCAAUCCCAACGCCCGAAGAUUAUUGUUACAAAGCGACGCAAUAAGCUAUACACCUCCAUUGUUGUACCAUUUGCAGUUUUCAUCAAAUAAACUUUGUGAACAUCAA